GUCCCCGCCCGUGUCCCCGUGUCCCUGCCCGUGUCCCCUCCCGUGUCCCCGCCGGUCCCCGUGUGAGCGCAGCCGGGCCGGAGCAUGGCUUGGGGCGAGCUCGGGCUGCUCCGCUGGCUGCGGGAGAGCCGCCAGUCCCGCAAACUCAUCCUGCUCAUCGUCUUCAUCGCCCUGCUGCUGGACAACAUGCUGCUCACCGUGGUCGUGCCAAUAAUUCCCAGUUACCUUUACAGCAUCGAACACGAGAAAAAUGCCACAGAAAUCCAGACUGCUAAGCCUAACCUACCCUCAGCAACGAUGGACAACUUUCAGAGCAUCUUUUCCUACUACGACAAUUCCACGAUGGUCACUGGGAAUGAAUCUGACAAGACGCAGCCUGGAGAGCUGCAUCGGACCCAGACAGAGCAAAUGGUUGUCAGUGUGACUCCUUCCCCCUCGGACUGCCCCAAGGAUGACAAGGAGCUGCUGAAUGAAAACGUCCGAGUCGGUCUCUUGUUUGCUUCAAAAGCAACAGUGCAGCUGAUGACCAACCCCUUCAUAGGGCCCCUGACAAACAGAAUAGGCUACCAGAUUCCACUGUUUGCUGGCUUCUGCAUCAUGUUUGUUUCAACAAUCAUGUUUGCCUUCUCUGGAAGCUAUGCACUACUAUUUAUUGCCAGGUCCCUUCAAGGAGUGGGUUCCUCAUGUUCUUCUGUGGCAGGAAUGGGUUUGCUUGCCACUGUUUAUACAGAUGAUGAAGAGAGAGGCAACGCAAUGGGAAUUGCACUUGGAGGCCUGGCUAUGGGAGUAUUAGUGGGCCCCCCUUUUGGGAGUGUCAUGUAUGAGUUUGUGGGGAAGAGCUCUCCUUUCCUGGUGCUGGCAGCCCUGGCUCUGUUUGAUGGAGCUGUUCAGUUACUUGUUCUGCAGCCCUCCAGAACACAGGCAGAAAGUCAGAAGGGGACACCUUUACUGACACUUUUGAAGGACCCAUACAUCAUUAUUGCAGCAGGAUCAAUCUGUUUUGCAAAUAUGGCUAUUGCUAUGCUUGAACCAGCUUUGCCCAUCUGGAUGAUGGAGACGAUGUGCUCAAAAAAAUGGCAGCUUGGCGUCGCUUUUCUUCCAGCUAGCAUUUCUUAUCUCAUUGGGACGAAUCUUUUUGGGAUACUUGCUCACAAAAUUGGAAGGUGGCUUUGUGCUUUGCUCGGGAUGCUAAUCGUGGGAAUAAGUAUUUUAUGUGUACCGUUUGCUAAAAACAUUUAUGGGCUCAUAGCACCAACUUUUGGAGUUGGAUUUGCCAUAGGGAUGGUGGACUCUUCCAUGAUGCCAAUCAUGGGGUACCUGGUGGAUCUGCGCCACGUGUCAGUCUAUGGCAGUGUGUAUGCAAUAGCUGAUGUUGCCUUUUGCAUGGGUUUUGCCAUAGGUCCUUCUGCUGGUGGUGCCAUUGCCAAGGCCAUUGGAUUCCCAUGGCUCAUGACAAUUAUAGGAAUUGUGGAUAUCAUCUUUGCUCCCCUGUGCUUCUUCCUUCGGAGUCCACCUGCCAAAGAGGAGAAAAUGGCAAUACUCAUGGAUCACAACUGUCCUGUGAAAACAAAAAUGUACACCCAGAACAACAUCCAAUCCUACCCCAUAGGUGAAGAAGAGGAGGAGUAUGAAAGUGAUGAAUAACAGAAAAGCCAUAUAGCAUAUUUAGGUGUACAAAAUGCUGUGGUUCAUGUGAAACAUCUCAUCCAGAAAUAGGUUUUAGCUGUACUGUACAUUUAAUAGUGAAAUGGUCAGAAAAACCAAAGGUAUAUUAUUUAUUGCCCGUGACUAUAAAGCAGACUGCAAACCGCCUUACUGGGGGGAAAGAGCUUUUAUAGACCAUUUGUAUAGUGUUGCUCUCUGUGUAUUUAAUUUUUUUGAAUAUGACACUCUAUUUUUUAUUAAAUGUGUAGUAUAAAUCUGUAUAAAAUAUUAAUUUCAACUAUUUGGUUUCUAAAUUCACCUCCUUGACAGUAUUUCAUAUUUCAUUUGAAGUUAUAAGUUACUGUCAAACUUGAGUCUUUCUUAUUUGAUUGGAAAUUUAAAGAAGCAACCCUCAAAGAAAACCUCACCAAUUUGCAUCCUUUUAAGUGACACCCUUGUAAAUGCAUGGAGAGGAGAUGGAAUUCAGAGUUUGGACAGCACUAUCACUUUUUUCAUUCAACUUCAGGUCAUAAUAAUAUAUAUAAAAAACUAAGAGGCACAACUUGUCUGCCAGUUUAAACCGAGUUCUCCCUGAACCACCAAUGUUGAGGAAAACGUUGUUAAACAGAUGAGUGUAUUGCUAUUAUUGGUAUUUAACAAAGUUUUAAUCAAGCAGUAGUGCAAUAUGAAGCCCCCAAACACACACCAUCAGGUAAGCAAGGUGGUAUGAACAUGUACUGUUCCUUUCCCUUAGCAGGAAAUGUAACAGCAUGAGGAUGCCUUUUAUAUUUCUAUCUUUUGGAUCUUUUAACAUAUUUCAGCUUUAUUUUAGUUGCAUCCUCAGUGACUGGUUAGGAAAAGCUGCAGUAUGACAGUAGUCUUAGCACACACUGAAAGUGAGCUGCUAACUGGAGCAGUUCAAAUGAUUCUUUUACAUGCAUUUACAGAUACAUCUAAAAAUUCAGUGUACAUUUAUUUCUUAAAAUGAGUUCAUAUAUACUCUUGGCUUUAAAAAAAAAAUGGAAGAAACUGCCAGUUUGUUGCCAAUAUUGCUUAACUUUGGGAAAACAGUUCAAUACAGGUGAAGUAUUGUAUUAGGCAGUCCCUGUCUGCACUUAGGAAAAACAAGACUUGGAAAGAAAGCAUUUUAAAAAUAAUCCCAGUGUUCUUCUCAACCACGGUGUACCAUUUCAUUUGUAAAACGAAAAUCUUUAUGUGCCUUCUCUCAUGUAAUUGCAGAUGUUUUAUGUACUACAGCAUAGAUACUAUGUUUACAUAUAGUUUUGUAAAGCGUAUAUACUAUGGUCAAAAAACAUGAAAAAUAUAGUGGAUCAAACUUCAAGUAUUGCUCUGUCAACAAUUAUGCAUUCAGAACACAUUAAAUAAAGUUAUCUGACAGAAGUUCAUGAUCUAUUGUAAUAAAGUGAAAGCUGUCAAGUGUCUCAGCUGGUGGGAAAGCAUUUCUCGGAGCUCCUUCAGAAACCAAGAUUCUGUCCCAUGAUGAACUCUUCACUGUCACCAAGUAAGUAACAAAUGUGCACAUCAGUGACUCUUUACAUUAGGCUCAGAUUUUACUGUGAUUUGCAUACUUGAAACUUUGCCCCAAGAGAUUUUAUUUCACAAGACUUCACUGAAGCCUUUUAAUCAACAUAAAAUUGUUAACCUGAUUAAAUUUGAGACUAUUCAAAUUUGAAAUACCAGUGCAAGAUUUCUAAGUUAUUAGACAAGGUGUUCAUCUUUUUGCCAGCUGCUCAACCAGUGUAUUUCUUGAAUUCACAAGUAUAUAAUUCAAACACAGCAACUCACACUUCUUUAAGAGCACAGCAAGG